GGCGGGGGCGGGCAGCGGAGCCGCCGCGUCUGCGGGAGCCGCCGCCGCCGCCCCGCCGGGCCGCGCCGGGCAGCGCCGGGGAGCGCAGCGGGGAGCGCGGGGGAGCAGCGGCACCGCCGAGCGCGGCGGCAGCGGGCGGGAGGAGCCGCCGGCACCGGCACAGCCGCGCCCCGGGCCUCGCCAGCGGCCGCCUCGCCUGGCCCCGGGGGCGGCGGGCCCGGCCCGGCCCGGCCAUGCUCGGCCUGGACGUGUGCGAGGCCGGCGGGCAGCUGCUGGAGCUGCUCUGGCUGGCGCUGUGUUACCGAGACAUCAUGGCUGACAAGGAGGGGGUGACGCUGUCGCUGGAGGAGGAGGAGGAGGAUGCCGACGUGGCCCUGGCGUACAAGACGCCGGAGAAGAAGAGCCUGCGGGAGAUCCAGGAGCUGGACCCAGGGGACGAGAGCCUGCGGAAGUACAAGCAGGCGCUGCUGGGUGCCAUCCCUGUCGCCGUGGAUGCCAGCGUGCCCAACGUGCAGGUGACAAGGCUGACCCUGAUGUGUGAGCAGGCGCCAGGGCCCAUCACCAUGGACCUGACAGGAGACCUGGAGGGGCUGCGGGGCAGGGCCUUUGUGCUGAAGGAAGGGGUGGACUACAGGGUGAAGGUGUCCUUCAAGGUGAACAGGGAGAUCGUCUGCGGGCUGCGGUGCCUGCACCUCACCUACCGCCGGGGCCGGCCCGUGGAUCGCGACGUCUUCAUGGUGGGCAGCUACGCGCCGCGGGCCGAGGAGUACGAGGUGGUGACGCCGGCGGAGGAGGCGCCGCGGGGAUGGCUGGCACGGGGCUCCUACCGCGUCCGCUCCCUCGUCACCGACGACGACAAGACGGAGCACCUCUCCUGGGAGUGGGGCCUCUGCAUAAAGAAGGACUGGGAGGACUGACCCCCCCUCCGCACCCCGGCUCCUCCCGCCAGCUCGGGGACGCGGUGCCGCCACCCCGGGGGACCCCUCGCCGGCACCGCCGCGCUUGCCCCAGUCGCGUGAAGGGUUGAGGGGGGGGGUCCCUUAGCGAGUGGGCGCCCGUGGUCGUGGUCUUCGCAACCAAAGUUAUUUUUAAUUGCUCUUUUUUUUUUUUUAAAAAUCUCGACGCCCGCCUGGUCCUCACGGCGUCCCCGUUGCUGGGGCCGGGGCUGUGACCCCGCCGCGGUGGUGCCGUGCCCGGUACCCGCCCGGUCGCAGGCUGUGCUCUUCCAUCGCCAUUAAACCCUACAGACUGGUCUCUUA